CAUCAUCACAUCUUCUUCCUCAUCCUCACACCCCUUUCUUUUGUCGCGCUUCGUUUUCACCGAACGUAUGAUUUGCUGAUUCAAGGACUCAGGGCUUCGGAGCUGUCCGGAUUCUUGAUUUUGUGUCAUGCCCCUUUGAUGGUCCGUCUUCUUCGACUUGGAAGCGCAGAGUAAAAACAAAUUCAUUUCAAAAUUUGUGUGUUCCAGUUGGGAAUAUUUUGCAUGAAGGAUGGGGAGUCUUAAAGAUUGGAUUUCUUCUCAGUUAGUAUCCAUGUCUUUGGUCUCAUCUCGGCCAUUGUCAGGCAGUGACAGUUUCUUUCGUGAGGAACCUUCCCAUGAAGGGUUUGAUGGCCAAGGUGCUGCUCACUCAAACACUUCACUAACACCGCCCAUUCUUCCUGAUACAUCACCCUCAGUUGGUAGUGAUCAGGAAAAUCAGUCUAAUCCCUCCCGCCAGCAUGUUGUAGUUGAAAAUUCUGAUCAGUUACGUAAUGGCUCUGAUAAGAAAAAGAUGGAUCCUUUGGUAAGAAUUGAUGAUCUUCAAGUUAAGUUCUUGCGCCUCAUCCUACGGCUUGGUCUGUCACAAAACAAUCUUCUGGUGGCUAAGGUUCUUUAUCGUAUUCACCUCGCAACUUUGAUACGAGCAGAGGAGUCAGAUCUGAAAAGAGUUAAUCUCAGAAGUGACAGAGCCAGAGCAGUGGCUGCAGAACAAGAGGCAUCUGGCCAGCCUGAAAUGGAUUUCUCUCUUCGAAUCCUUGUCCUGGGGAAAACAGGAGUUGGCAAGAGUGCCACAAUAAAUUCUAUAUUUGAUCAAACGAAAACCGUCACCAAUGCAUUUCGACCUGGCACAGAUCACAUUCGGGAGGUUGUCGGAACUAUAAAUGGGAUUCGAGUAACUAUCAUUGAUACCCCUGGAUUUUUGCCAUCAUGUACGGGUAAUUUCCGCAGAAAUAAGAAGAUUAUGCUGUCCGUGAAGAGAUUCAUUAGAAAAUGUCCACCUGACAUUGUUUUGUUCUUCGAACGCCUCGACCUCAUCAAUGCAAGCUAUAAUGACUUCUCCCUUUUGAAGCUAAUAACUGAAGUAUUUGGGCCUGCAAUAUGGUUUAACACCAUUCUUGUCAUGACUCAUUCGUCCUCUGCUCUUCCGGAAGGACCUGAUGGGUAUCCUGUCAGCUAUGAAUCAUAUGUGAGGCAAAACACAGAUAUGGUGCAGCACUAUAUACACCAGGCAGUGUCUGACUCCAGACUUGAAAACCCAGUGCUUUUGGUUGAGAAUCAUCCUCAAUGUAAGAAAAACAUCACUGGGGAAAAGAUACUUCCAAAUGGACAGGUUUGGAAAUCUCAGUUUCUGUUGCUAUGCCUUUGUACAAAAGUUCUAGGUGAUGUCAAUACUCUCAUGAAAUUUGAAGACAGCAUUCAACUAGGGGCCUCAAGUGCCACCCACGUGCCUUCUCUGCCCCAUCUCCUCUCAUCUCUUCUACGUCACCGGUCUGUCAUUAGUCCAAGUGGAGUGGACAUUGAAGUUGAUGAGAGCUUGCUUUCAGACACACAGGAGGAAGAUGAGUAUGAUCAAUUACCUCCAAUCCGAAUCCUGACUAAAUCCCAGUUUGAGAGAUUGACAAAAUCGCAGAAAAAAGACUAUCUUGAUGAAUUGGAUUAUCGAGAGACCCUUUAUCUAAAGCAACAGUUGAAAGAAGAGUACCGUAGGCAGAUGGAGAUUAAGCUUUCCAAAGAGAAAAAUUGUGCAAGCAAUGAUAAUUCUGAUGGGCAGCAGGCCUCCCAAGAAGCGGCUGUUUUAUUACCAGAUAUGGAGGUCCCUCCUAGUUUUGGAUCUGAUUGUACUGCACACAGAUAUCGUUGCCUUGUUACGGGUGAUCAGUGGAUUAUGAGACCUGUUCUUGAUCCCCAUGGAUGGGAUAAUGAUGUGUGCUUUGAUGGAAUAAGCUUGGAAACAGCUAUGCAAAUAAAUAGCAACAUCUUUACCUCUGUCGCAGGGCAGAUGAGCAAGGACAAGCAGGAUUUUAGCAUUCAAUCCGAGUGUGCUGCAGCUUACUCAGAUCCCAGUGGGAUUACAUACACUGUAGGUCUUGAUGUUCAAUCUGCUGGUAAAGAUACAAUCUAUACGUUUCACAGCAACACAAAGCUGAGGAAGCUGUGGCGCAACACUGCUGACUGUGGAGUGUCAUUGACAUCUUUUGGGAACAAGUGUUACAUUGGUGCCAAGCUUGAAGACACCAUAUCAGUUGGGAAGAGAUUGAAAUUUGUAAUGAAUGCCGGCCAGAUGGUGGGUCCUGAACAAGUGGCAUAUGGUGGUGGUGUUGAAGCUACGUUAAGGGGUAGAGACUACCCUGUGAACAAUGACAAUGUCAGCCUGACAAUGACUCUCCUGUCUUUUGACAAAGAGAUGGUGUUGGGUGGAAAUUUACAGUCCGAGUCCCGGCUGGGCAGAAAUUUGAGAGUGUCAGUUAAUGCUAAUCUAAAUAGCCGAAAGAUGGGUAAGAUUUGCAUUAAAACCAGUAGCACAGAUCAUUUGCAGUUUAGUAUGGCUGCGGCUUUCACAAUUUUCUGGGCCCUUUUACGAAAGAAGGAUGUUAAAAGUACAAGUCAUGAAUGAAGGGAGGGUGGAUAAGUUUUGUUGCUAUUUUUGUUUAAAGAGGACACAAACCAUCUUGAUUUGGAACAAAGGUAUGAGCCUGCUAACCAAAAAGUAGAAGAAAGGAGAUAUGGUAAUUUCAGAAACUUUGUUCCAGAAUUUCCCUCUCGCUUAAGAUGUCGACAUGGGAGCUGAGCUUUAGCAGAGAAGGCUAACAAGCUGCCUCCAUUUUUGGCCCUAACUAGCAGUAAUCUUUGAGUUCAUCUGACCUGGUGGUAUCCAGUGAAGCGGCCAGCUUCCAAGAAUCAGUCAAGCAGUCAGCUUCUGGAAGAGGUUUUGUACUGAAGUAAAUUGAGGCAAUAAGUGUACAGUAAAAUCGUGGAGAUGGUUUGUCUUUUUUGUUGUUGUUGAUUCACAAAAUAAUAAGUUCAAAUAGAAUUAGCAGGUAAUCAA